AUGGGUAACCAAAUCUCAAAAAUGAUGGGCAAGAUCUUUGGCUCGCGCGAGAUGCGUCUGCUGAUGCUGGGCCUCGAUGCCGCCGGAAAGACCACGAUCCUCUACAAGCUCAAAUUGAACCAAGACGUGACCACAAUCCCGACCGUGGGCUUCAACGUCGAGACUGUCACCUACAAGAAUGUUAAGUUCAAUGUCUGGGAUGUUGGUGGGCAAGACAAGAUCCGGCCGCUAUGGCGCCACUACUUCUCCGGUACACAAGGCCUCAUCUUCGUGAUUGACAGCAACGAUCGUGCCCGUAUCGACGAAGCCCGUCAGGAGCUGCAUAGAAUCAUCCUGGACCGGGAAAUGAAGGAGGCGCUACUGUUGGUGUUUGCAAACAAGCAAGAUAUUCCGGGCAGCAUGACGCCGACGGAGGUGACAGAGCGGUUGCGGCUUACACAGUUGAAAGAGCGGACUUGGUAUGUGGUGCCGAGUUGUGCUACGACCGGUGAGGGAUUGAUGGAGGGUUUGAGCUGGCUGAGCAACAACGUCAAGGCGCAGCCCAAGCACACCCCGGCCAAGUAG